GAAAUAAGCAUGUAGUUCGAUUAUAAGAGCAGAGGAAUUUUAAGCGAGCAAAAGUUGCAGAGCUCGAAGAAGGUGCUUUAAUGGUGAUUCCGCCCAGGACCCGUAAAAGGGUCCAUGCAGUUCCCCGUGGUCCUGAUGGAAGUGCUUUUGAAAAAUGCGAUCGAUGUGGUGUAAUGGUGCCAAUUGCUUUGGCCGACAUGCAUGAUUGUGAAGGGAAGAAGAUGAAGGAAGUUAAAAGAUUCAAAGGCAUUAGCGGGAAGCCGAAAGCUAUCGAACAGAGCAGUUAUAGUGAGCAGCCCAGAUCGCCUUUUCGGUUCUUCGUGGAGAAGUUUAUGGAGAGCUGCAAGCUGGCAGAUUCCAUUAAUAUUGAUAUAGAAGCCUUUGAAACUUGGAAGAACAUGUCUGAGGAGGAGAGGCUACCUUAUGUCCUUCAAUCUAAGAAAGUGAGCUCAGCCUAUGAAAAAGCUUUGAUUGAAGAGGUUAAAGAUAUGUUCAAGGUCGAUGAUGAAGCUGAUUCUGUUAUGGUUGGAAAAUUGGAUAAGCACUUCCAAAUGAUUGAGUCUUAUGGAGACUACGAGGACUUUGAUUCAACUGACAGUAAUGGGAUUUACUGGUCUGGAGGAAAUGGGUUUUCUCAUGAAUGGGACAUGCUGCAACCAUGGAUAUUCAGUUGAGAAUUCAGAUUGAAGUGAUUUUGUGUGCUGGAGGUUCCCUUGUUGGACAUUUUUGGGUUAAUGGGACCACUGAAUCAACAUGGUGGAAAGUCUACACGAAAUUUUACCAUUAGCUGUAUUCUCAAGGCAAGUCUUUUGGCUAUUGUAUAGUAAGAGUAGGACUUUGGAGUUCAGCAUUUUAUUAAAGAAUGGCGGAUAUCUUCUUUAUUUUGGGUCCA